AUGCCGCGCCUCUUGGACCUCAACUACGAUAUUCUGGCCACUAUGAUGGAAUACUUGGAAACGGACGACCUUCUGAGCACAUCUCUCACCGUGUCCAGCCUGCGGGAACUAUCUCAAGAUCGGCUCGUUUGCUCUGUGAAGCUCGGCACGCUCGAUUCAAUAGCUUCAUUCAACAAAUUCAUCCUAGCUGAUUCGGGCAGGAGGCUACGGCUGUUCAAGUCGUUAGAGCUCCUCCCCGAGGGUUGGUCCAUCGAUAGUGAGCUGGAUCAGAGGUCGCUGGAGAUGUUUCUAGCGCCGGUGCUCGAAUCGGCCGACAACCUAUCGAGACUCGACCUAGCGCUCGUAGACCUUCAGGGUACUCUGGACGCAUCACCUCGGCUUCGGGAUGCCCUUCUUCUGACCUUGCGUCGCGUAGCCCAGCUGCGGCUCUCCGGGAAAGGUAUGAUAUCCCUCUUCGGCGAUGCCUUGGCCAACGGGUCCGCCUGUGUCCGCCACCUCGCAGUACGACUAGAAAGUGUAGGACAGGCUGGGAGUGUGCUCUUUCUUCUCGCACCAACUCGGGCGACUUUGGAAUACUUAUGGAUAUACGACACAACCCCGCGCCAACGCCUCUUAUUCCCAGACCCCGUCCACGUGCGCUGGCUGCGGAUGCACACCCUGAUGUUAAGCGGGAACCCCCUGCUGUUUGACGCUCGGCAUAUGCAAGGGGCGUUCCCCAAUAUCCAGGAACUGUCCAUGACUGGGAUAGUUGCGCCUAGCCCUGAUCCCCGGUGGAAGGACCCCGGUUUCGAAUGGGGGUCUCUGCACACAUACUCAGGGCACCUGAAGACUCUGCUGUCCCUGCGCAUUCGAGGUCAAGUGCGCUAUUUGGAAUCCGCGAGUCCAACAUCCCUCGACCACGAAUUUGCUUACCUUGGCGAACCUUGGAUUUGGGAGGCUGCUACUGAGCUACGCACUCUGAUAUUGUGGGUGAUAAGGCCUGCCCACAUUGACCAGCUGCGCGACUCUUUGAGUCGACUGUGCGCCGCGUUGAAGGUCACGAAACUCUCGUGUCUGCGGCUCGCCGUUACCUGUGCCCAGCCCGAGAACGAGGUCUGGCAAUGCCUCGCCACAUGCAUCCGGUCCUCUGUUCUAGGCGGGCUUUCGUCGCUGCGUACUGUGGAGAUCCGCAUUGGUUUCCGUGACACUGGUCGCAAGGGCCGCGUCUACAGGAUCCGCCCACCCACUGGCGCGACAGUUGGACGAACAAACGAUAUUGAUAUGUGCCGACGAGAUAAGAAUAAGGGGGGGGGGGAGUGCCUAAGAUACUGCAACCCCCAGCAGUGA